AUGCCCUACCGCGCCGGAAGUUGGGUCGGGGUCCACGACACGUCAGACGACAUGCGUAUUCUGUACGCGUCGUCAAACCUGUAUGAUAUAGUCAAUAUCCAUGCCAGUGACUGCAUAGGAACUCCGGCGACCGAAUUUAUCACUGGUGAAAGUCUAGAGACCUAUGUGCGUAUCACGACGUCUGAUGGCUCAGCUAUUGUGAUCCGUACCAUAUCGUUUAUCUGCAGCAGCAUAGCCUUUGUCAUCGGGUCGUCCGACCCAAGCGGGCUGUUUGAGCGCAUGAUGCAGCGCGACCACAUCAAGCGCUUCCGGUAUGUAACCAAGGACGAGAACAGGAUGGAGACGCUGACGCAAAUUAACCAAGCUAUCAGCGAGGCACCCGACUCUGGCAACUCAACUGCCGCUGCUCCUCAGGAGCGCUUGCAUGGCAGCACGCAAGAGCACCAGCAUGUUCUCAUCCAGGCAUGCAUCAUCCUUGAUAACUUGGAGCGAGUGGACAGCCGAACGCCGCAUGGCCCAACCAUCACUUUCUUGACCAACAGCAUGGAGCAAAUUAUUGACGUCGAUGCGACCGACCUCCAGGGAACUCCGUUCCUGUCAUUGGUUGCUGUCGACGAUAUCUCCAAAGCAGGCGAGUUUUUGCAGGGGCUCCUCCGUCACCCAUUCGGGGCUCCUGCCGAGGGACAACUGCCUGCAUGUAUUACUGUCGAGAUGAUGGGUGCGGGUUCCGAGACCGGUGCGAUACUGCUCUGCCAGCCUGCCGUUGGGCUUCACCUACAGCGCAUGAACUGUGGCCUGGAUGAGGAUGCCGGGUAUAUGACACUCGAGGAGCUGGUGUCGUCAGAGGCUGAGACCAGUGAAUGCGACAGCGCAUGGAGAGGCAUCAGACCCGAGUAA